ACUUCCUUCUCUUUCUCAAUCUCUCUCUCUCUCUCUCUCUCUCUCUCUCUCUCUCUUUCUUUCUUCACCAUGAAAACUUCGUCAUUACCGUUACUCCUCCUCCUCCUCCACCUCUCAGCCACUAUCUCCGCCGCUCCUUCCCUCUCUCCAACCCCUGCUCCGACCACAUCUCCCAUUCCACCUCUCAAAAAACCACCCUCCUCCUCUACUUCCCCAUUAGACCCAAAACAACUCAAAGCCCUCGAAUCUCUCAACAUCCCCACCGUCAAAGAUCCCUGCAACCACCGUCCCACCACCUCCAAAUCCGCCUCCUCCUCCGUCGUAACAUGCGACACUAGCUCCCCAUUUCGCCUCGUCACUUCAAUCUCCUUCACGAAUUGCUCAUCCGAUCUCUCUAUCUCCUCCACAGCUCUCAGAGCUCUCUCCCCAUCUCUCACAUCUCUCUCUUUCCUCAACUGCCCAUCUCUCUCGCCUCCUCCACGUCUCCCUGAGUCACUCCACUCCUUCACCGCCGUCUCAUCCUUCCUCCGCCGCCGUAAUGGCCUCUCUGGAGUCUUCCUAGCUCGUCUCGUUAACCUCACUGACCUCACUGUCUCCUCUGUCCCUGUAUCAACCUCUGGCCUCUUUGUCAUCCUUGGAAACAUGCGAAAGAUCGUCUCUUUGACAAUCUCACACGCAAAUCUCUCCGGAAACAUCCCGAAAUCGCUCCACUCCAAUCUCACAUUCAUCGAUUUAUCAGACAACUUGCUCAAAGGCUCAAUACCCACUUCGGUCACUCUACUCUCCAACCUAAAGUCUCUAAAUUUAUCCAAAAACUCCAUCUCCGGCGACAUACCCGACGGCAUCGGCGACCUGAUUUCACUAAAAAACCUAUCUUUAGCCUCCAACAAGCUAUCAGGACCAAUCCCAGAUUCAAUCUCGUCGAUUCCACAGCUUACACACUUAGAUCUGAGUGGGAACCAACUAAACGGCACCGUUCCGAGAUUCAUCUCCCAAAUGAAGCAUCUCACACACCUGAAUCUUGCUAACAAUGACUUCCGUGGAGUCUUACCAUUCAAUGCGAGCUUCAUCAAGAAUCUCGAAGUGUUCAAAAUCGGUGGAAACAGUGAUCUUUGCUACAACCAUACUGUUUUGUCAUCGAAGAUGAAAUUGGGUAUUGCUAAAUGUGAUAAACAUGGUUUGCCUUUGUCUCCACCGCCUCAGAAAGAAGAUUCGAAUUCAGAUUACGAUUACGGUAAUGAAGAUGAUACUAGUGAGAAGAAGAAAGAAGAGCACCAUGGUCCUAACAAGGUUGUGCUUGGUGUUGCCAUUGGACUUUCUUCUCUCGUGUUCUUAAUCAUCUUCAUGAUCCUUCUCGCCAAAUGGUGUGGUUGAUUCAAGAAGUAAAGGUGUAAUCUUUACUACUCAUUCGUUAGUGAAUACAGAUAAAAGCAAAAAAAGGCCUAAUCUUUGAGAUUUGAGAGAUUAGGGUUCUUAUGGGAUGAAGAAGAUGAUUUUUUGGAGAAUAACCGAACCGGUUCUCCGCACUAAUCCCGGUUUAGUCUUCUUUGUAUUUGCUAUUAUUAUACAGCUUUGAUUUCACAUUAUAGUCUUUUGGUUUUGUUUUCAGAUUUUGUUGUAAUUUUAAGUGUAUGUGGUUAAAAGGAUUAUUUUGUAAUAAUUAUUGAAUUAUUCUUAUCAAUUAUUUUCUUCAACAAA